AGGAAAGGUUGAGAGAGAACCGAUCCAAAUUCUAGAGAGAGAAAGAGGAAUGGGGUUUAUUGACACCAACUCCCCUCCAAUACACUUCAAGAAUUGCCCGACAACCCCAGAAUAGCCUCGUUCCUUUCCUAAACCGCUGUAUUACAUAAACAAAAUCUUUUUUUUUUUUUUUCGUCGUUGAUUUUCUUGUCCCCCGUACCGCUUCCCUCUCUCAUCACACAAUUCAUUGAAUUCCGGGCUUUCUAAAUUUGCUUCCUUUUUAUCAACUUUCCCAUUUCCCCUCUCCCAUGUGGGGAUUUAGUUUGCGAAACGUGAUCAAGAAAACCCGCAUUCUUGUUCUUGAAGUGAAAUAAAAGUUUGGUUUUUUUUGUUUGUUUGUUUUUCUUUGUUUUGUUUUGCUGUAGGAAUCGGAGAAAGUGUUGUUCUGGGUCGAAUUGGAGUAGCUGGAUUGUGAAGAUUGUUAUUUGAGAAAUAAUGUAUAUUGAGGAAUUGAAGGAGGGGGAAACAGGGAGUGAGGAGGAGCCAUGUUCUGAUUGUGAAGGUGCUGUGGUUGCAUCAGAUGUGAAAAGGGUGUUGGUUGGAGCGGGGGCUCGAGCUCUCUUCUAUCCAACGUUGCUGUAUAAUGUUCUGAGGAACAAGGUUCAGGCUGAGUUCCGGUGGUGGGAUCGGGUCGAUGAGUUUAUCCUUUUAGGAGCUGUACCGUUUCCUGCUGAUGUCCCUCACUUGAAGGCUCUUGGUGUCAUUGGUGUGGUGACUUUGAAUGAGCCAUACGAGACUUUGGUGCCAACAUCAUUAUACCGUGAUCAUGGUAUCAAUCACUUGGUAAUUCCUACCCGGGACUAUCUUUUUGCACCAUCCUUUCUCAAUAUCAGUCAAGCUGUGGACUUUAUCCAGGGAAACGCAUCUUCUGGCAAAACAACUUAUGUUCACUGUAAAGCUGGCCGUGGUCGCAGCACAACCAUCGUCCUCUGUUACCUUGUCAAACACAAGCAGAUGACGCCCGAGGCCGCAUAUGACUAUGUGAGGUCCAUUAGGCCAAGAGUGUCACUCGCCUCAUCCCAGUGGCAGGCUGUUCAAGAGUACUAUUACAGAGUAAGGAAAACCGAAAGUAGCGCCUGCGUUGUUGAUUCGUCUUUAGAGAAGGCCUUAAGCCGCCCUUCGAAAGGGGACCUGGCUGCUUUUGAUGACGACUCCCUUGUCCUAGUCACCGAGUCUGACCUUGAUGGAUACGAUGAAAAUCUCGAGUGUGAUUUAGGGGGCAACAGCGUGUUGGCCGAGUUGAACCUAGCUUGCAGAGUUCAGUUUGCGGGCCAGGCAGCCAUUGCAAGGCUUUCGUGCCUAUGGCUUAGAUGUAAUCCGGGGCAGAAAACGUCGGGGAAGAAGCUGGAAGGGUCGGUGACGCAGAACCAGUUAGAGAGUAUUGGAGUCGAUAUCCGUGUUUAUUGAGAUGCUCUCUACUGGCUAGGGAACUUAGGGAAAUGCCCUUUCGCUUAUAGAAGUGUUAGGAGAGGUGAGUUGCAAUAAUAGGUUUUCUUUUUUUCCCGUUUUGUAUGAGGAGCAGAUGUGUGUAAGCAGAUCGCCUUUUCCCGGAAGAAAAGGCGCCCUUUCGCGAUGUUUAAGAAGUGUGAGUAGGCAACAACACUGUGGUUCACAGUGGGAACAUAUUGUGUAAUCAUUUGAGUCUUGUCUUUGAAAGAGAAAAAAAGUAGGGCUUUUAUGUGUUAAGAUGACUUGUGCUAUAAAAUGAAAUCAUAUUUUUCUUCCCUUUA